CAUAUACACAUACAUAAAAUACUACUACUACUACUAUUUGCUUACCACCCCUACAAAUACUCCAUGGCUUCUCCUUCCACUUCUUCAAAUGUUAAAUUGAUGCUUCUUCUGCCUAUUCUUGUUAGUUAUUUGAUAGUUGCUACUGUUGGCAACUUGAACCAAAACUUUGACAUUACAUGGGGAGAUGGCCGGGCUAACAUACUCAACAAUGGUGAGCUUCUUACUCUCAAACUUGACAAAGCCUCUGGCUCAGGAUUCCAAUCCAAGAAUGAGUACCUCUUUGGAAAGAUAGAUAUGCAGCUCAAGCUAGUUCCUGGAAACUCUGCUGGCACUGUUACUGCCUACUAUUUAUCUUCUAAAGGAUCAACAUGGGAUGAGAUAGACUUUGAGUUCUUGGGAAAUCUUAGCGGUGAUCCUUACAUCCUUCACACUAAUGUCUUCAGCCAAGGAAAAGGCAACAGAGAGCAACAGUUCUAUCUCUGGUUUGACCCAACAGCAGAUUUUCAUACCUAUUCCAUCCUUUGGAAUCCCCAGCGCAUUAUUGUACAGUCUUACAUUUUUAAACUGUUAUUCAGAUACUCUGUGGAUGGCACUCCCAUUAGAGAGUUCAAGAACUCAGAGUCAAUUGGGGUUCCAUUUCCAAAGAACCAGCCAAUGAAGAUAUACUCUAGCCUCUGGAAUGCUGAUGAUUGGGCAACAAGAGGUGGACUUGUCAAGACAGACUGGAGCCAAGCACCCUUUACUGCUUCAUACAGAAACUUCAAAGCUGAUGCUUGCACAUGGUCUUCUGGAGCAUCUUCUUGUAGUUCAACCACUCCUUCACCUUCCAACAAUAGUAGUUCAUGGCUUUCACAAGAGCUGGACAGUGCAAGUCAAGAGAGACUGAAAUGGGUGCAGAAGAACUACAUGAUAUAUAAUUACUGUUCAGACACUAAGAGAUUUCCCCAGGGCCUCCCUCCUGAAUGUAGCGCUUGAUAGAGAAAGGGAACAUCCUAUACAUAUAUAGAUUCUUUACUAUUAUAUUAGGCUAUUCGUGUAAUUUAUAGGAUUCAAUUCUUUCAUUAUUUGCGUUUUUGUCAUCACUACAUUGGCCAAAAUCUGUUCUUAUUUGCAAUGUAAUCCUGUGAUGUUAUAUAUGUCUAUAUAAUACAAGAGAUUGUUUUCUCCACUGAA